UUGUGUUUUUGUUUUCCCACUUAGUUAACCACUUCAAAAUUCCAUAAGCUACCCCGCCAACAUACAAACGAAUAGCCGUCACCGUGGCUAAGGGAAAUCGAAAUUCGUACACCUCCACAACAACAGUUGCCAUCAGCAGCAAAAACCGUAAAAUGGCAUCUACCGGCGAUAUUUGGCUACAAUGGUUCUCCUGCUGUUUCCAUCAACCGCAAUCACCGUCGCGACGACGUCAUCAACGCCUGCGCAUCGAUCGCUCGAUGAUCGGUAAUCCCACAAAUUUCGUACACACUGGACAUAUCGGUUCUGCCGAUGUAGAAUUAUCGACAAAUCAUCUGAAUGCGUUGCAAACGCAAAUGCAAAGCAAAGGUGGCUACGAAAUGAAUUCGAUACGAUUGCAGGCCUGCUGAUGCUAAUGAACGCUGCCGAAGCUUCUCAUUCACUUGCGGCACAAUACCCUUAGCUUGGGGUUUACGAACAUCACUGAAACAGAAGGAUAUUAGACCAAUCAGCGCAGUGCAAUCAUUUGAAUCUCACGUAUACUUCAUAGCUACUUAAAAGCAGCUAAAAUAGUAUGCCCGCAAUGAUUUAUGCUACGAGUAAUCAAUUAAAAUUUGUAUAUUUUCGCAAAUUGUUUUUAAGUAAUGUAAGACUUGGGAAAACAAAAUUGUAUUUGAGUAUUUAAAUCAUUUAACUUAACUACUGCCUUGUGAAUUUGAGCGAAUACUGUAUACUUAGCUACAAAUGUGUAUACACACAUGCAUAUAUGUAUGUACAUAUGUACAUACAUAUGUAUUACUUAAGUAAUUGGUAAUUGCACAAAAGGCGGUAUUAAGUGGCAUGUGUACUAUGCAGUAGGCUGAGGUGAGCAAAUACAUAGAAAAAUGCAAAACAUUUGAAAAUUUUUUCAAUAAAAUUUUUUGUUCAUUUUUCUUUCAUCUUAACAAAUUGACUAUAUACGAAUACUUUUAUAAAAAAAAGAUAAUAAAAGAUAUAUACAAGUUUUUGCAAUGUUUGUAAAGAAAUAUAUAUGUAUGUACUAAUAUAAAUGCUUUUUAAAGUAUGUAAGUGGAGUAUAUAAGAGAUUAUGUACAUAUGUGCCUUUAUUUUUAAAUCAAAUCCUUUUUUUUUUUUAAUUUUUUGAGCGGAGAUACAUACAUAUGUAAUUUUGAGCACUAAUUCUUAUACAUUUGGAGCAAUUUUUUCGUUGAUGCAAGCAAUUCAUUAAGAAUUUCGAAUAACCCAAAGCAAAUCGAAAUGUAUUUAUAAUUUAAGGUUAUGUUAAUUGAACAUUUUAUUUUGCACUAAUUUGUGUACUUAACAUUUUAGAACUUACUGCAUUUUUUUUUUGUUUUUUUUCGAAUACAAUUGCAGCAAAUCUGUACAUGAGGUUGCGGAUUCAGUUUCUUUAACGCACAUUUUGCGUUAUUUUCUUAACUACAUAAAUGCAUAGCAUUUUGAAUUUUUUGACAGAGCCAAAACUUUAAAUGAAUUGAACUGAAAGCAUUUCUUUUAACUUUUAUACAAACACACAUACACUUAAUAGAGAGGAUAACGAAAAUAACUACAACAAAUAUGAAAAUAUCUAAUAGAGUUAACUGAAGUUGAUGUUGAACUUGAAAAAAAUAAUGCAUUUAAA